AUGAGCUUGGACCCCGUUGAUGAGAUUAUGCCGAUAUUUCCUUUACUGGAAGCAUCUAUCCUAGGAGAUCGCCCCACACCUCAGCCCGCGCAUUUCAGAGUAUCUACUGUCAUCAGCCAGAACCAUGCCGACCCUUUUUGCGCCUAUCCUGUGCCAAUGAGCAACGCCAUCAAGCCAAAGAUCACUCAGAGAUUGCUUACAAUUUCGAACGAACGCCGUCAGAAUCUUGAACGAUCUUCUGCAGGAUCCCGUGACUGCGGUGGCAGAGUCUACAGUGUUAACCCACAGGCGAUCCUCGAUGUAGGAACUGGUACGGGGAUCUGGGCGAUAGAUGUCGCCGAUGCGUUCCCAGCCGCUAGAGUUACUGGGUUGGAUCUUUCGCCCAUUCAACCCACAUUUGUCCCUCCGACCUGCUCGUUCGAAAUAGAUGACGUAACCAUGCCAUGGACGUAUGAUACGGAACAAUUUGACUUGAUCUACGUCCGCGAGAUGUUCGGCUCGAUACCUGAUUGGGAUGCGUUUCUCCGGCAAUGUUGGGCCUCUCUACGACCAGGUGGCUACAUAGAAGUUGUUGAGCAUUCGAUUACGCCCAUAUGGGACGCUGAUACCAGCCUGGGACCUAUCUACGCAUUAUGGGAGCAGACAAUGGCGCAGGUUGAGCAGGUAUCUGGCAGGAGUUUCUCGAUCUGGCGUGAAAGCGCACAGGUGCUGGAGGGUAGUGGCUUCCAAGAUAUUACCAAAAGAUCUUACAAAUGGCCUAUUAGCGGAUGGAACACAGAUCCUCGAUUGCGCGAGUUAGGCCGACUAAAUCAACUUCGGCUUCUCCAGGCGAUCGAAGACAUAUUUCUUCGCCAUUUGACGUCAACCAUGGCAUGGCCCUACGAUGCGGUCCAGAAUUUUAUAGAGCGGAUACGUUCUACUAUAAGAGAUGAGCAGCGCCACCUCUACCAGCCAGUCACAGUUGUGUAUGGACGAAAACCAUGUCCCAGUUCCGAAAUCCUUUAA